UCCUGCACCCUCCUGCACCCCUGUUCUCCCCCUGUCCCUCUGCCCCGCGCUCCUGCCCCGCUGCCGGCCCCUCCAUCCCGCUCGGUGCCGGGGCCCAUGGAGCUGCUGUGCGUGGAGUCCGCGCCCCGCGUGCCCCGCGCCGGGCGGGACCCGCAGCUGCUCGGGGACCGGCGGGUGCUGCAGAACCUGCUGAGCCUGGAGGAGCGCUACAGCCCGCGCCUGUCCUACUUCCAGUGCGUGCAGCGCGACAUCCAGCCCUACAUGCGGAAGAUGUUGGCCUUCUGGAUGCUGGAGGUGUGCGAGGAGCAGAAGUGUGAGGAGGAGGUUUUCCCGCUGGCCAUGAACUACGUGGAUCGGUACCUGUCCUCCGUGGCCGUGCAGAAGAACCACCUGCAGCUGCUGGGAGCUGUGUGCAUGCUCCUGGCCUCCAAGCUGAGGGAAACCAUGCCCCUGACCGUGGAGAAGCUCUGCAUCUACACCGACAACUCCAUCACGGCCCAGGAGCUGCUGGUAACGCCCUGUGCCCCCUCCCAGCUCCUGCUUGGCAUCGCUGUCCUGCUCUCAUCCCAUUCCUCUCCUCCUUGGGGAAGGGUUUUCCAUCCUCCCCGUGCUGGGGAGCAGAGUUUUCCCCUCCUGGUUGUGGAGGAAGUUUCAUGUGGUAGCACUGAGCUGUCACUCUGAGUUUUGUCACUCUGAGUUUUGUCACUCUGAGUUUUGUCACUCUGAGUUUUGUCACUCUGAGUUUUGUCACUCUGAGCUGUCACUCUGAGUUUUGUCACUCCAGUGACAUCUCCCAGGCUCCAGGCUCUGGUCAGGCAGUUCUGGUAACGCCCUGUGCCCCCUCCCAGUGCCCAGCUCCUGCUUUGCAUCACCCUCCUGCCCUCUGAUCCCAUCCCUCUGCCUUCCCCUCCUCCUUGGGGAAGGGUUUUCCAUCCUCCACGUGCUGGGGAGCAGAGUUGUCCCCUCCUGGUUGUGGAGGAAGUUUCAUGUGCCAGCACUGAGCUGUCACUCUGAGUUUUGUCACUCCAGUGACAUCUCCAAGCUCUGGGUCAGGCAGUUCUGCCUCUGCCCAGCUGCAAAAAGCAGGGAAUGUGGGAGAUUCACUUCCACAGCAGCAGGAAAAAUGGGAUUUUAGGUGCAGAGUGAAGCAGCAGAGUGGCUGUGAGGGGUUUCUGGGCUGGGGCGCUCCUGGGGACAUCACUUGAUUCCAGGGUGGUGGCAAUGAGUGGAAUUCCUGCUCUGCCCCUCCAUUUCUCACCCUACAUCCAGAAAGUUCCGUCCUGAGGCUCUGAAAGGCCAAAUGUUCACUGGUGGUGUCUGAUGAGAUCCAAACCCGUGAGCUCAGCCUGCGCCACGAGGCAGGAAAUGGGAGAAAAGCCCUUUUUUUGGGGCUUCAGGAGGGAGCAGUGACCUCCCCUCGGUGACAGAACAUCCCUGGGGACCGUCAGCUCCGAGACUCUCUCGGGGUUUCUGAUCACCGAGCUCAGCAGCUCUGGUUCUUUGGGGCUGGGCUGAUCUGAGUGUGAUCCGUGCCCCAGGUGGGCAGCCAAGCCACAGAACUUUCAGCUGUGACUCGAGGGCAGUUCUGGGAACUGCAGAGCUCUCUGAGCUGAGCCUGGUUUUUCCCAAGGCUGGGGAAAAUCCCCUCCCCACCGGAGCCUUCUGCCUGGAGUCAUUAGUGGGUGGUGAUUGCCUUAAUUAGUCCUCAGGAGCUGAUGAGUGCUGAGAAUGCCCACAGGAAACUCCUUUUUCCCUGGAUGCUGAGCCCUGUCCCCAUCCCUGACUCCUUCAGCUCCCAGUUGUGGCUCCCAGUUGGGUUUAAUUCUGAUUUUUGGUGAGGAUUUGCUGUUCCCACCUCAAUCUUGAGCAGGUGAGGAGUGGGCAGAGCAUCCCUGGAGAUUCUCCCUCAUUCCCAGGCUCCAGGGUUAAUUCCUGCUGGUCUUUCCUGCUCCUUCCUCCUGGGAGCUGGGGAUGGAGGAGGAAAACUCUGCUCCCUGUUCCUCACUCCUGAUCCUGCAGGUCUCAGUCCUGGAAUUCUCCUUCCAUCCAGUUUUCCCUCCCAUGAUCCUGGGUUGCUCUUGGAUGCUUUGUGAUGGACUCAGAGUCGAUCUGGAUGAAAACAGCUUUAAUUUGGGAGUCUAAACAGCUUUUUGGGGGGCUUUUCCAGGCAAACUGGAUCCUUCUCUUCUUUCCUGAUGGGAAUGUGAGCACUCAGCAGAGCAGAGGUUUAUUCCUGUUUAUUAUCCAAGGGCUGGACAGAGGAAUUGGGAACCAGCCUGGCCUGGAGGGAGGGAAACUGAGGCACUGGCCAUGGAGAAUCCCUGGAUUUCCAUGGAUUCCAACCCUUUUUGGAGCACAUCCUGCUCCAAUAAAGAGGGAAUUGAAGGAAUAUCCAGGGAUCUGAAGGAUUUGCCCUGGCUGUGGGACCUGAGGGAAUUAAAUCUGGAUUACGACACCCAUGGGAAAAGUCAUCUUCCCUGGAUUUCCAUGGAUUUUAUGGAUUUUAACCCCUUUUGGAGCACAUCCUGUUCCAACAAAGAGGGACUGGAGGGAAUAUCCAGGGAUCUGUGAAGGAUUUGCCCUGGCUGAGAGCCCCAAGGGAGUUAAAUCUGAAUUACAACACCUCAGAGCUGCUGCUUCCCCCUCUGUGCUCAUGCCCUGCUCUUUCCCAACCCCCUGGAAGAGGGUGGGGAGAGCAGGGUCAGGGGAGCUUCUUCAGCAGCCUCUGGACAAUCCUGGCUUCCCUUCCAUGGCCUGGGGCCAUCCCAGCAGGAAGCUGGCUCACAUUCCCGGGGGCUUUGCUUCCUCCUCCUCCUCCUCCUCCUCCUCCUGGGGCCGGGAUGCUUGGCAGCAGCUCAGCCCUUCAGAAAGGACACAGAACCUCGCUGGAGUUAUUCUGGGGGAGAAGGAAAUGAUGCAAGGAGGGAUUUGUCCAUUUGGAGGAAGUUGGAUUUCCGUCCAGGCCGUUCUCUAGCCCACCUUGCUUUUUUUCUUUUUUUGUAAUUCUUUCUUUUCCAUGCUUUUUUUUAAAAUUUUCUUUAUCUUCAGAAAGAGUUUUCUGGCCUGGGGGAGAGGGGGUUCAGCUGCUCAGAGCUUGGGGAGAAGAGCUGGAAAUCACCUCCAUCCUCCUGCUUUGGCUUGGAAAUCUUCAGCCUCGGUUUUCCCUGGAGAAAGAAUGAGGAGCCUCCAGGGAGAGGAUGCAGGAGCAGCAGUGGGGAGUGAAAAUCAGGGAAUUAGAGCUGAGGGUGCAGGGUGUUCCCAGAAUUGGUGUUUCCCUUCUCAUGGCUCAGCUCCAUCCCGAGCUGUCACCUGUCCCUUCACACCCUGACCUCUGCUCAGGCCGUGGAAAUCCAGCCUUUUUCCCACAUUUUCCAUCUGCAGAUGGAUUUUGGUGCUGCAGCUCCCCCAGCCCCUGGGAGUGACCUCAGGAGUGUCCCCAGGUGUGUGACAGCACCGAGGGCCCUUCCCACCUGCAGGGCCAGAACCCAAAAUCGCUGCCAGCGAGGGCAGGGCUGGCUGUCACUGUCACAUCCCAGAUGGAGCCAGACAUUCCCUGCCCUUCUCUGAGGCUGCUGCAGCUUUUCUGGCAGCACCAGGACUCUUCUCACCUGGGCAGAGCAGGAAAGGCUCUGGGAAUUUUGGGAAUUUUCCUUCCUCCUUUAUUUUUUGGGGUUUUUUUUUUUGGUUGGCUGAGUUUUUUUGGUUGUUUUUUCCUCUGGGGUAGAACCAGGAGAGAUCAAACUCACACCCUGCCGUGUGUGAUUCCCAGCCCCACAGAGCCCUGCCCUGGGGGGAUCUGGCACAGGGGAAUCCGCUGCAUUCCCAGCUCUGGGAUGGGCAGGGAGGAGAAACAGGAGAAACAAAAGGACAUUUUCCACUUUCUUCCUCUGCUCCACUCCCCGGGCAGGGGCUGAUUCCGUGAGGAAAAGCCAGGAAAAGGAUGUUUGAUGUUUGAUGAAGCCUGGCCCAGCCGCUUUUGUUCAGUUCCUUGAAGGGAUCCGACCCAGAUCCCGACCCAGAGGCUGCUGGGGCAGAGGAGAGGGACGAGCAUGGGGCAGCUUUGGCAGGAGAAUCUGCCCUGAGCUCUGUCCUGGCCCCUGGGGACAGUCCCUGGGCCUGGGGACAAUCCCUGGCACCUCCAGCUGGCACUGCCAGGUCAGGGGGGCCUCAGGGAUCUGGGGGAUAAGGAGGAGCCAGAGCUUGUCCAUGGCAGGAUCCAUCCCUGGGACAGGCUGUGCUGGCUCCUGUCCCAUGGCUGAGGGUGGCAGGGCCUCUGCUGCUUCCCUUGGAUCUGGGGGAGCCUUUGGGGUUUAAUUCCCUU